UCAAAAACAACAUGGACGCCUGAAAUGAACGAAUAACGGGAUAUUUAUUGAGCCCUUCAGAAAUCAUUGUGGAUGUAUUUAAUACUUACAGUGAAAAGGACUGAAAAGCUAAAGAACAAUGGCUGAAUAUUCACCAACAUCAACACAAGGAAGACGUGUUAGUCUGAAAUUACCUCCAGAUAUGUCCUCCUCCAGUCAUCCUCUGUCUGAGGAGCUCCAGUGCUCUAUAUGUCUGGACGUGUUCACUGAUCCGGUCAGCACUCCAUGUGGACACAACUUCUGCAAGAGCUGUCUAAAUAAGUGCUGGAACAACAGCCAGACCUGCAUCUGUCCAUACUGUAAAGAAACAUUCAGACAAAGACCUGAUCUCAAGAUUAACACCACACUCAGAGAGAUCUCAGAGCACUGUAAAGAGAAAAGUUCUGCGAAAAAGCCAAGAAUCAUGUGUGACGUCUGUGAGGACAGAAAGCUGAACGCCCUGAAGUCGUGUCUGGUGUGUCAGAGCUCUUACUGUCAAACUCACCUGGAGCCUCAUUUAAGGGUGGCAGGUUUAAUGAAACACAAACUGAUGGAUCCUGUGAGGAAUCUGGAGGACUAUAUGUGUCAGAAGCACGACAGACCUCUGGAGCUCUUCUGUAGAGAUGAUCAGACGUGUGUGUGUUCAAUCUGCUCUGUCAAAGACCACAAAAACCACAAGACAGUUCCUGUAGAAGAGGAGAGUGAAGAGAAAAAGAUUCAACUGAUAAAGGACUUGCAGCAGAUGAUUCAGGAGAGAAUCUUGAAGAUUCAAGAAGUCAAGCACUCAGCAGAAGUCAGAAAAAUAAACUCAGAGAAGGAGAAAGCAGCUCAUGUGGAGCUCUUCACUGAUCUGAUCCGCUCCAUUGAGAGAUGUCAGACUGAACUGCUGGAGAUGAUAGAGGAGCAGCAGAAAUUAGCAGAGAAACAAGAGAAAGAGCUGAUUGAAGAGCUGGAGCAGGAGAUCACUGAGCUAAAGAUGAGAAACACUAGGCUGGAGCAGCUCUCACACACUGAAGAUCACCUCCACCUCCUACAGAUUUACUCAUCCCUGCAGUGCAGAGCUGCAGACACCAGGAACUGGCCUAAGAUCAGUGUAAAGACUCAGGAGAAUCUGGAGACUAUAAGAAGAGCUUUCAAAAAACUAAAGGACACUCUAAAUGAGAAACUCAGUCAAGUUGGGUCUUCAAAGCUGAAGUGGAUGCAGCAGUAUGCAGUGGACGUGACUUUGGAUCCUGAUACAGCUAAUCCACACCUCAUCCUGUCUGAUGAUGGAAAACAAGUAAACCAUGGAGACAUCAGACAGAAACUCCCAAAUAAACCACAGAGAUUUGAUUACUGUGUCUCUGUCCUGGGAAAGGAGGGAUUCUCCUCAGGGAGAUUUUAUUUUGAGGUUCAGGUGAAGGGCAAGACUGAUUGGACUUUAGGGGUGGUCAGAGAAUCGGUUAACAGGAAGGGAGUGUUCACAGCGAGUCCCAGUGAUGGAUACUGGACUGUGGGACUGAGGAAUGGGAAUGAAUACGAAGCCUGUGCUGGUCCUGCUGUCUCUCUGUCUGUGAGAGUGAAGCUGCAGUGGGUCGGUGUGUUUGUGGAUUACGAGGAGGGUUUGGUCUCCUUUUAUGAUGUGGAGUCCAGCUCUCAUAUCUACUCUUUCACUGGUCAGACUUUCACUGAUACACUCUAUCCAUAUUUCAGUCCAUAUCCAAACAACGCAGGUACAAACUCAAACCCACUGAUCAUCACACCUGUCGAUAUUAAUAAAUGAAUUUACUAAUACGAAUGCUUCAAGUAAAAUAGCGAGUCAUAUAAUUAAAUAUAUCAGUGGUUGUUUGUAAUAUUUUGUUAAUUUCUCUUUUAUUUUAUGUAAAUACAGCAUGUCUAUGGGUCUUAAAAAGUAUUAAAAGUUGAUAAAUCAAUUUAGAGAAAUUUAAGGCCCUUAAAAAGUGUUAAAAAUUCUUUAAUGCUACUUUACAAGGGAUUACAUUUUGUAUCAUUUUUAAUUAUAUAAUGUCUAGUUGUAUGCUAAAGUUUGCCUGAAUUUAAUCUUCGAAUAUUGAGUGCUGUGUAGCUCAUGAAAUCUUAAAAUCCUGCUAGAUUUGACUUCAAGCUGCUUCGUUUACUGCAAUAACCAAAGCAACACUGUUAUUCCUGCUGUUCUAUAGGCGCCGCCUGCUGGAAGAGAGUGACUUAACUUUUAUUCAUUAUGUGUGAAACAUGAAUAAUGUUUUAGUUUAGGGGCUGGUAUGGUGUAUGUUGUAUAAUUUCACAAAAACAAAUAGUUUUAACCUCAGAAUUUGAUAAAAUGAUUCAAUCUAUUUUAAAUCACCAUCUACCCACACUACGCUAUAGGCCUACAGUAUGUCGAAUCUUUGUGUGGAUCACCAUGAAAGUCCCGUAGUUGCCUUAGCAUGUGAUAGAACAGGUACAAAAAAUGAGUCAAAUUUUUUUUAUGUAUUUUUUCUGGUUUCUAAAAUUAAAAAUUCUAAAAUAUAUGUAGUGUCUAAUAUAUAAAAAUAUAGAUUAAAAAAAGCACAGUCUGCCAUGCAAAACCAUGACCAAUGCAUCAUCGUCUAGAUCAGGCAUGGGCAAACUCGAUCCUCGAGGGCCGGUGUCCCUGCAGAGUUUUGCUCCAACACUAAUCAAACACACCUGAACACCCUAAUUAGUGUCUUCAAGAUCACUAGAAAGCUACAAGCAGGUGUGUUUGAU